AUGCCUCCGAAUGCCAAUAUCCCCAAUAUCUACAUCAUCGGCCCUCAAUCCACAGGCAAAACUACCCUCAUCCACAAGAUACAAGACGAUCUACAGCACUGGCUCGCAGGCACCUCAAUCGAAAGCCCAAGCAUCAUCUCCGAAGUGGCCAGAACGCUCAUCCUAGAAGCCCAAGCAGUCGCCGAGAAAGAGGCUCUGCAGACCUCCUCCUGGUUCAUCUCCGAUCGCUCAGGCUUUGAUCCGCUGGUCUAUGCAAAGAGAUACGUCUCACCACAAGGGGUCCAAGACUUGCAACAAUUACCUGCGUGGAUCGACGUCAAGGACAGGAUGGAGAAUGCUCUGAUAGUGGUUUGUGAGGCGGGGACACCUUGGUUGAUGGACGAUGGGGUGCGGUUGAUGCCAGGUAGCCACGACGAGUGGAUGGCUGUGUUUGACGACUUUUUCGGAUUAUUAGAUCAAGUCGGCUUUGAGUAUUGCAUCAUUCCUCGAACCAUGCUUGACUUGUCAGAACGGGCAGACUUUAUCAGGAUGAAAUGGAAUGCGAAACGUGAAUCGGCAGUAGGAAAUGAUAACACAGGGCGAUAG